AUGUACGACCGUCUGAUACUUCAUCAACAGGCAACUUCCAUCAAUUCACUUGUCCGUAGAAGCCAAAAACAAGAUGAAGAAAUUUUACGACGUAACAGACGGCUUUGGGACCUAGAACUGGGCAGCGACAAAGGCACCAUAGUUUGGAAGAUUGAAGACUUUGUACGAACAUCGAGAAAACGAGUGUUCAUGGAGUCUCCUCUGUUAAAGACAAGCCCCCAAGGCUAUGCAGUUCGCCUGAAUGUUCACUUUGAAGGUGACCAAGGCCAGCGCCUAUCAUUCUCUCUACGAGUCCAAAAAGGUGAGCACGACGGGGCACUGGAAUGGCCGUUUCGACCCGAUAUCCGUAUUGGUAUCAUCACAGCUUUCGACCAACCAUUGAAAUUCGAAAAGGAACUUGAUUUUAAAGAUGCUGAUUUGAGCCAGAUCGUGGGGCUACAGCAGCCGAUUUUAGAGGAAAACCCCAAGAUAGAUUUGGUCACCAUACAGACCAGCGACAUUUUGGAACGUGGAUGUUUGGUUGAAGGAACACUGUACGUAAAGUGUACUAUUCAAAACUAA